AACACAUCAAGCGAUUCCAAGCCCAAGUUUCUAGCGUCUGCCACCAGAUGCGCCGUCGUGACCGCCUCAGUGUAGCUUGAGCUUCCUAUCGGUAAACAUCGCUCGAGUACGAGUUUAUUGUUGCGUCCUCGUCGCCACCCGAAUCCCUGCGACAGCGCGAGAACACAGUGCAUUGUUGUUGAAUUAUAUUAGUCACUCACCAACUGCGAAAGAUCGAUCAAUCGAUCGAGAACGAUCGAUUUGUCUCUUGCUAAUAACAAGUCCGGUCACCAGCCACCGCACCGCUGAUCCUGUUUGGUAUUAAUGGUGCAAUGAUAAAAGGAAAAGGAAAACAAAUAAUUAAAUAAACGAAUUGCAAUUAACGUAUACAAUACGUAUAUAUUUAUACUAUUGUACACGUGGACUUGACGGAUUUCCAGUAUUGGAGUCCGUCGCCGUCGUCGUCAGUCAGUCACAACGACCCCGCCGUCCGUAGUGAGACAUCGCGACGCGCGCUCCUUUACCUCUUUGAUCUGCAGUCGGGUAUCAAUCAGGAGCAAUCGUUUUACUUUUCUUUCCUUUUAUAAAUAUACCGCGUGUAGAGAGCAGUUGCCAAAAGUAUUCUCGGGCUCUGAUUGUCGCUUAAGUAGCAUAACUGGCAGGAGUCGGUCAUCUAGGAUAGUGUCUUGUCUUCUUUUCUCAUCUGUUCUAUUGCAAUUCAGAGGAAAAGUCUUUAAAGGGAUGAUCGUUUCGGAAAACAGUGAGAUAGACGAAGAACAGUAGUGUUUGAUCGGUGCGUGCGAAAUGUAAACGCGUUGGAUCUUUCGAACCGACGCGACGCGAAUAUGUGGAAAGAUGAUCCUGCGGGGGUUCAUACAAAAGCUCGAAGGAUCCAAGGACCUGGCCGGCCAUUGCCAACGGGGCGCCGCUAGAACUUAGGGAACGGACUCGCGCCAAUCCCUAGACAUGUAUGAAUUAUCGUUCGGAAAAUGUGUAUGUUUUAUAUUUCUAGUGAUUUUAGCAUUUUUGGGUUGUUCUGGUUUCCCCAUAGAUAGAAGACUUUCCACAAUGAGCGGUGACGUUAGUGCGUGGAAUUCCUAUACCUCAGUUAGUGUAACAGACUCGCCUUCUGCAUCAUAUUCUAAUCAUUUUCUUGAAAGACUUUUCACUACUUCGAAAAAUUACCUCCGGAAAAGCAAUACUGCUCCUUAUAAUACGUUCCAAAGCAAUAGUUACGUUCGCCCAUCGACCAUCGGGCAAACCAGACAGCUUAGAUUAAGACACCAUCGAAUUCGACACUCUUCCCAUCAACAAAUUAUGAAAUCUCGACAUCCAGAGGCCCAAGCUACACACGUCAACGAACGACCCAAGCCUUCUGGUAAGAUAGAGACAUUGAUCUUCCCACCACCCCUAUCCAGUACCCGUGUCGUUAACGAUCUCGAACCAUACCGAUUAACGAACGGCCCCUUAUCAAAGGGUGCUACGUCAUACGAUGAGGAUGAUGUUCGCCGCAUCGUGUCACGACCUCAAAGAUCUUCCGAUAAGAAAAGGUCAAGGAAAAGGAGCUACCGAUGCCAAAGACAGGACGUGGGCCGAAAAGCCUACAUUGCGAACACGGUGGUAAGGGCCAAAGCUGAAAGCAUGAGCUCCAAUCGCAUCCACAAUUAUUCGGUAACGUUUCGUAUACUCGAAAAAUUUAAAACGCCCUUUGCCAUCGACGAUACAUUGAGGCUGACCUUUUAUAACGAUACCAAGGACAUGAACUGCGAAUCCGAGGUCUCCGAAAGGACGCACGGUCUAGUCAAAGCGCAGAUUCUUCAGUCAAAAGAGUACUUCUUGUUCCUCGACAGUGACGGCAUGCAUAACUACUCUCUCGUAGGUAUGCCAGUGCUUAAGAAAAAAAGGAUUAAGGACCGAAAAAAUCGCGAUCUCGAAGAGAUUCGAAGGAUCACCAGAAAAAAUUUCGUGUUGAAAGCGCCGAAAAUUCCAGCAAUCGUCAACAAGACGCCUAACCUGAAGCCCGGAAAGAAACUGCGGCUGGUCUGCAAAUUCCGGGGAUUUCCAACGCCAAAGGUACUUUGGCGUAAAGACGGACACAUGCUGCACCCAAACGCGCGAACGCGUAUCAGUUACAAGAGAAAGAAGACGACGCUAGUGAUAAACGGUGUGCAGAUGAAAGACGCUGGCGUCUACCAGUGCGUCACUAGAGGCGUCGACGGUAGAACGACGCACGCUAAUGAAACGGUUCGGAUAUCAAACAGUGAGCAAAAACACGUAGAGGAGUGCGAGGAAAAGUACAAAGAAAGUUUCUGUCUAAAUGGCGGAACUUGUGUGAUUGUAAUGCCUGGUGAGAGGGGAUGCUGGUGUCCAGAUGGGUUCACGGGCAAGCGUUGUGAAGAGAAAGAUGUAACAAAUCACUCCAGUAUGUCAUUUCCUUGUAAAGUAGGCGUAACUACGACAUACUAUUGCUGAAAAACAUUAAAUGACUAAAAAACAAAACAAUACCGAAAGAAUAGCAAAUUCUGAGACUGUAUUACUUGUUACUGUAAAUUAUUAUUACUGUAAAUAAGAAUACUCCGGCUACGUUUCGUAGUCCUGUAAUUAAUUGUCUGCUACGUAAAUUUAUCUUACUCGAAUUCUGUACAUUUGUAUAAAACAUAUUGAUGUAUUUUAUAAGACUGUUAAUUUUAAUAAAAAAUCGUAAUUUUAUGCAGUCGAUACACACACACACACACACGCGCGCAUACAUGUUUAUAUAAUGUUAUUAUACGAUAGCAUAAGUGCUACGUUAACAUCACCAAUGUUCAAACAUUAGUCAGGGACCGAAUUCUGUUCUUUUCAUUUUAUUUAAUUAAUUUUGUACAAAGUCAUGUAGAUAUAUUUAUUUAUUAACGCAUCUUAUACUCACAACAAAUUUCAGAGAUACCUACUGGAUAAGGUAUGACGAUUUUUGUAAUAAGACCGAUCUGUAAAUUAUUUUAAAUAAACUUCACAUUGAAUGUGAAAACACACAAGUAAAAGGAGUUUAAUUUUUGCACGCCUCUAUUAAGAAAAGUUACAGUAUCUGAACCUAUUCUAACGAAAAGUAAAAAAAUAAGAAAAAAGAAUAAAGGAAAAGUAUUGUGUAUUUGGAAAUAUGCGGGACUUCCUGGAAUUAGCUUUUUUGUAAAAUAGGUACGUAAACUCCAUUUUGUACAUUUGUAAAAAUUAACAACAAUUUCCAAAUAACUUUACUAAUCUAUGCACUAAAUUUACACAAGUAUAAUUAUAAGUAGGUAAAAUUGUAAUUAUUUAGAUAAUAGAUUUGUUGUGAGUUGCAGAUGUUUUACUAAUAUUUCCUUGCAUGAUUCGUCUUUCUAAUACAUAUUUUUAGUCAUUUAUCGUCGUUAUCUUUCUUCUUAUAUAAUUUUUCUUUCUGCACCAAUCGCACUAAACAAUUUGCUAAUAUGAAACAAACGAGACAUACUUAUUAGGCAUUAGGCAUUUUAUAAAACUUGCAAUUAAGCAGCAAAUUUUACAAUAUGACUGACAUAUUCAGAGACGUUUUGUCAUACGCCUAGACGUUUUACAAAAUGCGCACCUAUAAACGCUUAGGCUUAUUGCAACAUGAUGCUACUCUGAGGCAUUGUUUUAAUUGUAUAAUUUUAAAACGACUGAAAAUUUGAUAAAUAAAUUAACGUAAUGGAGCGAUGUUUGUUUGGUGCCCCAAAAAAUACGAAUAUCACUCCAAAAAAAUUCUUUCCAUGUUGGAUAAGGUUAGAAUAAGUUAUUCCCUUUUUGCAUAUUUUCAAUUUUUCAUCACCGCCCCAUGCGCCUCCACCAAAAUACCAAGAAUACUUCAAUUUAAAAAAAAAUAUGAUAAACACCUGGUAGCAUUGAUACACUUUCUUAUUUAUGGACAUGUAUUGUUAUAUCAUUUCCAGACAGACAAUAACUAAUAAAAGAAAUUAAAGU